AAAUCGUGUCGGUAAUGUGGAGAAACUGGCGUCAGUCAAACCCCCCGAACUGAGCCUCUACUUUGGUCUAUCCUCUUUGGUCACUUCCCUUGCGUUUUCGCGCGGUUUUUUUUCUUCUCACGUAGCAGUUUAGAGGUUGGAAGCGGCGGGACAAGUUUUCCAAGGGGGGAAUCCACAAACCGCGGUUUUGGAAGAAUAUUUCGGGUUCAGGGAGUGGUGCAUUUGGGUUAGAAUCAUUCAGGCAGUCAUUCGCCUUCAGGUGCAUCGGUGGAAAAUAAUAUCUGAUCAGACAUGGAUCAGGGACGAUGCACACCUGAGCGCAAGGUGCUUGGGGAAUUGAGCAAUGUUAAAGAACCAAUAUCUCCAACAGCUAAUUUGAGACUUCUGACUUCACUCGCCUCUAAUCUCAAAAGUGCUGGAGAAGUUAGUCAACAAGGUGGAUCGCAGAGGAGAGAUUCACCUGUUCCAUCGGGUUCUGGUGGCUCCAAACUCCUCCCGAGGAAGCAGAAAUCACUGGGACUGUUAUGCAAUAAAUUUUUAAAUAUGUAUCCACUGAACGUCGAGCAUGGAGCUCCAAAAGAAAUAUCCCUGGAUGGAACUGCCCGAGCCUUGGGCACAGAAAAACGUCGGAUUUACGAUAUAAUAAAUGUUCUUGAGAGUUUGGAAAUGGCGGCAAAAGCGGGGAAGAAUCGCUACCUUUGGCAUGGCCAGAGCGCUUUAAUUCUCACCUUAACGAGACUCAAAUCCAUUGCCAUAAGAAUUGGCAUGAGGGAGCAGAUACAAGAGAUUCAGAGGAUUAACAAGGCCUACACGGGUGAACAGUGUGAUGCUUCACCCGGACCUUCGGAUCUGACAAUGUCCUUUGAGGAGACUACUGAGGAAGAAAGUCCUGGGGACUGUGCGAUCAAAGAGGACAAGAGCUUGGGGGCCAUGUGCCAAAAGUUUGUGAUGCUGUUCCUCAUUUCUAUGAAGAAUGGAGUGAUUAAUUUGGACAUUGCUGCAAAAGUUUUAAUUGGCGACGUGGAUGAUCAAACACCUGAAAUCACAGACAACGCCUCGAGAUCGCGUUCUAAAACUAAAGUGCGUCGUUUAUAUGACAUUGCCAAUGUUCUGACUGCAAUUGGACUGAUUAAAAAAGUACACAUGGACGAAAGGACCAUUAGAAAACCGGUAUUUAAGUACGUGGGCCCUGAUGUUGAGGUUGUAGACACUGAUACAGAAACGCCAACCAGAGAGAUGCGACAUCACACACCAGUUGGAAUGUCAACUCCAAACAAAUCGGGGGGAAGUGCACCCCUGCAAGGACUGAGUCUCAACACUCUGAGCAACACUCGAUGCAAAACAUUUAUCAGUGACACGGAUAAGACUCCAAUUACUGACAAACGUAAACCUCGCAAACGCAAAUUAUUUGACACAGACUCUCCGUUCCCCCGUACCCACAGCACUCCAAAUUUAGAAAUGAAGAGUCGUUCCCUGGACCGCCUCGACGAUUCGAUUCUGCGUGUAGCUGAGAUGGAACUCGAGAGACUGAAUUCCAGUGAGGAGAGCAAACCAAAAGUCUGCACCAAACUAUUUCCGCGGUACAAUUCUGACUCCUGCAUUUCAACCGUAACUACUCCAACAAUGCUGCAGGAUUUCCAAGUUGCUGGUACAUCAUUGGUAAAUCCACAAUUACAGGUGGCCAAUGUUCCAUUCAUAAUUGUCAGCAAGGAGAAUAUUGUUAGAUCCACACCUGAGGAAAUCCCCCAGAAAUCCACGCCCUCCACUUCGAAAUUUCAGACAAUAACGAAGAGAAUUUUAACUCCAACGACAAAACGAUUUGAAUCCAAGAUUUUGAUUCAAAAUACAACACCCAAGAGUAUAAUUAAAAUACUUCCAGUGACGAGUGUCCCAAAAUUCAGGACUAUUCAGCCAACGAUAGGAUCUGAGAAGACGUCACAACCAAAAGUGAUAAAUUUGUCGAAUUUUGAUCCGAAAAAAUUAAUUCCCAUUAAACGAAGUGAUUUGAAACUCUCUCUUGCACCAGUGACUCCAGUUGUCAUGGACAAUUAUACAAAUCACAAUAAUAACUCGAGCUUUGCGAUACUUACGCGGAUUCAAGCACCAAUAGUGUCACCUGGUGACACAUUCAAAGCUGUCAAAAUCGGCAAUACACUGCAACUAGUCCCAAUGAGAAAAAGCAAUACUGAUAAUGCAAAUCAUAGUACUUUUGAUGCUUCCAGUUGAGGAUUUAAAAAUUUAUUUAGACGUUAGAUCCAAUGUAAUUGGACAAUCGAAUUGGGUGAUUCGAUAUUUAUGAAUUUAAUGUGAAAAUUUAAUGAGGGAAAAAUCAUGAUUUAUUUUUUAUUGUAGUAGAUGAAUUUAUAUCUAUGUUUUGUACAUACAAAGUGACUAAUUUUUUUUGGCCAAGGGUCGAGUUGUUACACAAAUUUAUAAUACAUCUAAUUACUUGAAGUCUA